GGCGCCGAUGUAAACAGGGCUCGUACACGCGAACGUAUUUGACAAACUGACGGACAGCAAACUAAAUAUUCAAAGCCUUAUUUCUGCGAUAAGGAUACAAACAAUGGGGACCACCGGCAAACAAUGAGCGGAAAUAUAAAUAGGAUAUACAUAUAUAUAUAUAAAUAUAUAUAUAUAUUAUAGAGAAUUAGAAAGAUUUUUGCAGGAUGAACUGCAAGAGAAUGGAAGAUCGGCCGUCGGAGAAUGAUUAUUUCGUUCCAAGCCUAGACAAACGCUGUAGGCAGGGCGAAGCUAUUAGAAAUAGGAGAAAAAAGAAGACUCGAAUAUCAGUAAGGCUCUCUGAACAUGAAAAACCUAAAGGUUGGAAAGAAGUAUGGUAUGAGUUUACGCAAAAAACUACUUUACACGGAAUUAAUAAAAUUACUGAACAUACGCCUUUUGUCUUAAGGAGAUUAGUCUGGAUUCUUCUCCUUUUAGGUGGAAUCGGGGUUUUCUCCUAUCAAAUGUGGACAGCAAUAAACCAUUAUUUCUCUCGACCGGUUACAGUAAAUAUUGCCAUCAACUAUAACAAAUCAUUAGUCUAUCCAGCAGUAACAUUAUGCAAUCAAAAUGUGUUCAGAAUGACUGCAGCGGCAGAAUAUGGCUUAUACGAUCUGAUUGAUUCUCUAUAUAGGACAUCGGACAUGUCCGAUGCUGAUUUGGCGAAUUUUUCGGAGAUAAACGCUGCUGAAUUGACACUUGCUGAUCUGUUUAAUUUAACAGCGCAUAGAAAGAAGGAUAUGAUAACAGACUGUAUUUGGGAUGGAAAGGAAUGUACUCUGAAAGAUUUCGAUGAAGUAUAUACGGAUCACGGCGUAUGUUUCACAUUUAAUUCUGGGAAAAACUGGCCAGUAAGGAGAGUUAAUUCAACAGGAGCUGGCCGUGGUCUUUCAGUUAAGAUAAAUAUUGAACAAUACGAAUAUAUGAAAGGACCUAAUAACGCUGCGGGUCUCAAAAUUUUGGUUCACGAUCAACAAGAAGUUCCUCUUGUAAGGGAGCUCGGACAAGCUAUUCCGCCAUCGUCAAAAGCCCUGGUUGGCUUGCAAAUACUUCAAGUUAAUAAUCUAAAGCAUCCGUAUGGAAAGUGUGAUGAUAGAGAAACGUUAGACUACUAUGAUUUGUAUUCGAUUCCCGGAUGUAAAAUUGAAUGUAAACUAAGACAUGUUGGCAAUAUUUGCAAAUGUAGAGAAGUUUACAUGCCAGCCGGAAAGGAGACGAAUACGAAGCAAAAUUAUCCUGUAUGUAACUUUAGCGAUAUGAAAUAUUGCGUAAUGGGAGAGCUGAAAAAGAGAUAUCCUUGUUCUUGUUCGAUGCCUUGUAGUAGAACAAUGUACGAGGCUAGUAUAUCUUAUUCGACCACUUCCGAAUUUGAUACGGAUAGGAUCCUUCAUGGGAAGAGGAUACAUAAUCUAAAGCAAAAUUAUAUUAAAGCUAGAGAAACGGGUCAGAAGGUUAAACCUCAUGCCGUUAGUAAGGAUAGAGAGAAAGUUGAAGCGGUAUGGAGGACGUCAAAGAUUUUGUACCAGGCUUUUAUUCAAAUAAAUUCAAUAUUACAAGAUUUAUAUCAAAUAGUUAAAGAUAAAAAGCGAGAACACGAGUGCAGAUGCCAAUUUCAUAGGAAUUUUGCUCUUCCAUUUGUCGUUAAAUUUACUACUUUUAGCUUUUUAGCCACUUGGCAAAAUUUCGAAGAUGAAUUGCUGUCUUCCUUAACGACAAAUAUGAGAAUGUUUACCUACGAUUUGAAAUUGAAUAUUCAAAAGGCUAUGCUAUCAAAUUCUACUAAAGAACGAAACUUGUAUCUAUGGCAGGCUGAGAAGGCGACCAGAGUUCAAAGAAAAUUGGCAAAAGACUCUGUUUCUUCUUUGGUAAAAGUAAGAAGAGCAUUCGAGAGUGGAAAACCGUAUAAAUUGUCAAAUUUAGACUUUCGAGAGUUUCCCGAAAAGUAUAAAUUAGCUCUUGUUCCCAGUGAAUUACUAUCUAAAAAAUGGAAGAUAACUUAUGAACAUUUUGUUAAUCUUGAACAAGACGUUAACGCCACAUUCCACAAUUUAACUGAUCUGCACGAUUUUCUAAAAUCAAGUAAACCAGAACAAAUAAACGACUACCUUUCAACUUUAAAAAGUUUGAGAUCGGCCGCAAAGAGAAUGGUGAAGCAUAGACAAUAUAUCAGAGAAGAUCUUAUCUACUCGAUAAGGGAUGAAUUAGAAAAGAAGCUGACUAGUUUUGAUAAGAAAUACGCUCUAUUCCUUAAGGAAAGAAGUGAUCUACUUAUGCUUCUCGGUAAUAUUGACGACCUAAUGAACAAAUUGAAUAAAGUUAUAUGGCCAUUUUUCGAGAGUCAAAUUAAUCUAUCGAAAGCUUAUAUCUCGGCUGGAAAAAAUUCAAGUAAAACUGAACUAGCCCGACGAAUUCUAUCGGGAGGUGUAACUGAAAAGAUGCAACAAUUUCAAGUGCUUUUUAACGAUAUUAGGGCUAGAACUAGAAACUUUAACCACGAUUGGAAAAAAUUUACAAACACUUAUCUCGGUGUUUUGGUAUCGAUUGGUGAUGAGGAAAUAACUAGAAAGUUUUAUAUGGAAUUAGCUGAUGGAUAUCGAACAAAUUCAUCAGAUUAUAGAGCGAUGAAGCAACCAAAUUUAGGUGACUGUACUUCGAUAAGACAUUUUUACAGCAUCGAUCUUCCUUGGCGAACUGUUAAUAUGAUUUUCAAAAUUACUAAACGAAUUGAAAAGACGAUGGGCGAUAUUCAAAAUAAAUCGGAUAUGUCGAAAAAAGUUGGCGAUACGGACGAUAGAUUCUUUAAAGCUUUCUCCGCCUGGCGUCAAGACCUCGACAAGUUCAAGCAGGGCAAUGAAAUUGACGUUGCUUUCAUUAGAAGUAAUUUUAUGGAAGUUGACGUCUUUAUGAAGGAAUUGUAUUACGAGCACGUUGAACAACAAGUUGGAUACGAAGUCACAAAUUUAUGGUCCGAUAUCGGCGGUUCACUGGGAUUGUUUAUCGGCGCGUCUGUUUUAACAAUGUGCGAACUAGCCGACGCUGUUAUUCAUAACUUUUUUAAAGUGUUAUUAGAAAAGAAAAGAGCCAGAGCCUUAAUAGAAGAAAGAAGGAAACAAAGAAGGAUGGGUUUACAAACGGCCGUGGCAUCAUUUCACGGAAGGACUUUUGACGCCGACGACGUUUAGAUAACAAACAUCGUUUAUAAGUCAACUAACCUAAAUAUACAAAUGUUAAAGUCUCUUAAAACUUAUAAAUUGUACAAAGGUUUAUAACAUUUAUAAUAUAAAUUAUAAUAUGCAUAAAUUUAUAUAAUUAUACAUAAAAGUAUAUUUUCAAGUUUCAAUUUUUUGAAAUAAAC